GUUGAGGAGCACGCUAUAAAGCAAGAGCCCUUUCUCUCUUUUGGGGAAGCGGGGAGCAUAAAGUUGGACUCAGCUUGGCAAUAUUUGGACCAAUUGGGUGAAUUGCUUUGUGACGUUGCUGAUUUGCAGGACUAAGGCAAGGAAAUCAUGGCGCUAAUGACGAUGCCCUAUCUCGGACCCGUGUCCGUGUCCGAGAGCUUGGUGGCCGGUAUAACGCUAUGUCUGGUCUACCUGGUGCUCAAGUCUUUCCGCGUGGUCGUUCCCGAGGGGCUCAAGCGUCUCCCCGGGCCCAGACCCCUGCCGGUCAUCGGGAACAUGCUGGAGAUGGGCAGCAGACCCUACCUGAGUCUCACCGACAUGAGCAAACGCUACGGCCCCGUGUUCCAGAUCCAGAUCGGCAUGCGUCCCGUGGUGGUGCUGAGCGGCAGCGAAACGGUCCGGCAGGCUCUGGUCAAGCAAGGCGAGGACUUCUCGGGAAGGCCCGACCUGUACAGCUUCCGCUUCAUCAACGACGGCAAGAGUCUCUCCUUCAGCACGGACCAGGCCGGCGUCUGGCGGGCUCGCAGGAAGCUGGCCUACAGCGCCCUGCGCUCCUUCGCCACGCUGGACGGCACCACGUCGGAGUACUCGUGCAUGCUGGAGGAGCACAUCUGCAAGGAGGGCGAGUAUCUGAUCAAAUGGCUCGACAGCGUCAUGAAGGCCGACGGCGGCUUCGACCCCUUCCGCCACAUCGUGGUGUCGGUGGCCAACGUCAUCUGCGGCAUGUGCUUCGGCCGCCGCUACGACCACGACGACCAGGAGCUGGUCGGCCUGGUGUACCUCAGCGACGAGUUCAGCAAGGUGGUGGGCAGCGGCAACCCCGCCGACUUCAUCCCGGCCCUCCAGUUCCUGCCCAGCGCCACCAUGAGGAAGUUUGUCAGCCUCAACAACCGAUUCAAUGAUUUUGUGCAGAAGAUCGUCAUGGACCACUACGCCACCUUUGACAAGGAGAACAUCCGGGACAUCACCGACUCCCUCAUCGAUCACUGCGAGGACAGGAAGCUGGACGAGAACUCCAACAUCCAAGUGUCGGACGGGAAGAUCGUAGGGAUCGUCAACGACCUCUUCGGAGCAGGCUUCGACACCGUCUCAACCGCGCUGUCCUGGGCGGUCAUGUACUUGGUGGCUUAUCCCGAGAUCCAGGAACGACUUCAUCAGGAACUUAAGAACAAAGUGGGACUUCACCGCAAUCCUCUUUUAUCCGACAAAAGCAGUCUGCCCCUCCUGGAUGCCUUCAUCCUGGAGGUCUUUCGGCACUCUUCAUUCGUGCCCUUCACCAUCCCCCACUGCACCACAAAGGACACGUCUUUGAAUGGCUUCUUCAUCCCCAAAGACACCUGUGUCUUCAUCAACCAGUGGCAGAUCAACCACGACCCCGAACUCUGGGAUGAGCCGUCGUCCUUCGACCCAGACCGCUUCAUGAGCGACGACGGCACGGAGCUCAACAAGGUGGACGGCGAGAAGGUGAUGAUCUUCAGCCUUGGCAAGCGCCGCUGCAUCGGCCAGGUCAUCGCGCAACAGGAGGUCUUCCUCUUCCUGGCCAUGUUGGUGCAGAAGCUGAGGUUCCACAUGGCGCCCGGGGAAGCCGUGGACAUGACGCCGGAGUACGGCCUCACCAUGAAGCACAAGUGCUGCCAAGUGAGGGCCGCCAUGCGGCAAGGCGACGAGCAGUGAAGAAGAAGUUUUCAGACCGCGUGUGACGCCGUCAUAGGUCAGAGUCAGGGCGACGCGCUCAGAAUGUAAAAGGCAAGGGAUGCGGAAUUUAAACAUUUUCAUGGUUUUGGGUCCCAGAGAGCUUCUGUAUUUUUGAAAGACUCCUUUGCUGCAUGUAGUUAAGCCACUGCCACCUGCAUCAUCUCCUCUGUCUCUGAAUGCAAUAGAUGGACUUUUUUAUGUAUCCUAAACCCAAUAUAAUGUGGAUGUAUGUGACACUGAAGCUAUAUUUCUAUCCCAAAAUGUGAUUUUUACCCUGUAUCAAGCUGUUUGUAUUUUUUUUAAAGUAAUUUGUGCCUGAUAUUUGUACAUUGUUGAGGGGAAAUUGCUGCUGCGUAGGUGUGUGUGUGUGUGUGUGUGUUGGAUUUGCCUGAAUACCAAAAUAAUUAUUUUUGUUUAUUUGUAAUACAACUGUAAGCUAGACAAUUUUACAUUUCUAUUUGUAAUAACGUAUUGUGUGAGUAAGACACACACACACACAAUAAAAUAUGUAAAAGAAGCUCUUGAUGCUUUAAGAUGAUGAUCAAAUGUAAGUUUUAUGUGUAGGUUUUUUAUUGAUAAAUAAAUACUACAGUAAAAUUGUCAUGAAUAAUUAAAUAAAUGAUCAUAACAAACCCAAGUGGAGCGUAGAGGAAGUGACGUCAUGCUCCAAACCGGAAAUGCCUUCUUUACCUAUUCUAAUUUAUUUUAUUUGCUAUUCAUCCUGAAUUCUGUAUAUUCUCAUUGCAUUUUCAUUUGAUCCUUUAAAUAUGUAUUUUAACAUAAUUAUUUACCUGUUUUUAAUACAACUGUAAGUUAGACAAUUUGACGUUUCUAUUUGUAAUAACGUAUGUAUGAUUGUAUGAGUAAGACACACACACAAACAAUGAAAUAUGUAAAAGAAGCUCUUGAUGCUUUAAGAUGAUGAUCAAAUGUAAGUUUUAUGUGUAGGUGUAAUGGAUAAAUAAAUACUACAGUAAAAUUGUCAUGAAUAAUUAAAUAAAUGAUCAUAACAAACUCAUGUGGAGCGUAGAGGAAGUGACGUCAUGCUCCAAACCGGAAAUGCUUUCUUUACCUAUUCUAAUUUAUUUGACUUGCUAUUCAUCCUGAAUUCUGUAUAUUCUCAUUGCAUUUUCAUUUGAUCUUUUAAAUAUUUAUUUUAACAUGAUUAUUUACCUGUUUUUAAUACAACUGUAAGCUAGACAAUUUUACAUUUCUAUUUGUAAUAACGUAUGUAUGAUUGUAUGAGUAAGACACACACACAAACAAUGAAAUAUGUAAAAGAAGCUCUUGAUGCUUUAAGAUGAUGAUCAAAUGUAAGUUUUAUGUGUAGGUGUAAUGGAUAAAUAAAUACUACAGUAAAAUUGUCAUGAAUAAUUAAAUAAACGAUCAUAACAAACCCACAUGGAGCGUAGAGGAAGUGACGUGAGGCUCCAAACCCGAAAUGCCUUCUUUAUCUAUUCUAAUUCAUUGCUAUUCAUCCUGAAUUCGGUAU